AUGGAUAUAGACGGUGCCAGUUCGGUGGUGCUCAAGACUUUAACCCAAGCCACCAGUCAGGACACGGCCAUGCUGAAGCCCGCCGAGGAGCAGCUCAGACAGUGGGAGACACAGCCCGGCUUCUACUCGGUUCUCCUGAACAUCUUCAAUAACCAUAUGCUGGAUGUGAAUGUCAGAUGGCUGGCAGUACUCUACUUCAAAAACGGCAUUGACCGAUACUGGAGGCGAGUGGCCCCGCACGCUUUAUCAGAGGAGGAGAAGACCACAUUACGUGCUGGUCUCAUCACAAACUUCAACGAGCCUGUCAAUCAGAUAGCAACCCAGAUAGCGGUACUGAUAGCCAAGGUAGCCAGGCUGGACUGCCCUCGGCAAUGGCCGGAGCUCAUCCCCAUUCUGCUGGAGUCUGUCAAGGUCCAGGAUGGCCUGCAGCAGCACAGAGCGCUGCUCACCUUCUAUCACGUCACCAAAACUCUCUCGUCGAAACGUCUGGCACAGGACAAACGGCUAUUUCAGGAUUUGGCGUCGGGCAUUUACAGCUUCGCGUGUUCCCUGUGGAGCCACCACACGGACUGCUUCCUCCAGCAGAUCUUUGCCCGUGACGAGACGGCAGCAAUGGCAUCGCUAGAAAGAACACUGCUGUCUCUUAAAGUACUACGCAAGUUGACCGUCCAUGGAUUCCAAGAGCCACAACAGAAUAUGGAAGUGAUGGGUUUCCUGAAUGCAGUGUUUGAAAGGCUAAAACAGUUCCUGGAAUGUUGUCGACAAAUUGGUACAGGCAGCACUUGUAGAGAAAAGCUGGAAAAGACUAUCAUACUCUACACUAAAGUUUUGUUGGAUUUCUUGGAGUACCAUCCCUGUGCAUUUAUACCACUCAUCCAGUGCUCGCUGGAAUUCGCUGUGAGCUACGUGUUCACGCCAGUCGGGGAAGGCGUCACCUUCGAGCGCUUCAUCGUCCAGUGCAUGAACCUCAUCAAGAUGAUUGUUAAGAACGAUGCCUAUAAACCUGCCAAAAACAUCGAAGACAGCAAACCGGAGAGUCUGGAGGCUCACAAGAUCAAGACGGCUUUCUUCACACACCCCACGCUGACGGAGAUCGGACGCCGGCUUGUCUCCCACUAUUUCCUUCUCACGGAGGAGGAGCUGGCCAUGUGGGAAGAGGACCCCGAGAGUUUUGCUGUUGAGGAAACAGGAGGGGACUCAUGGAAGUACAGUUUGAGGCCCUGUACAGAAGUGUUGUUUUUGGAUAUCUUCCACAACUACAGUCAGACCUUAACUCCUGUGCUCCUGGAUAUGGUUCAGAAUCUCCACGGCCCAACCAACGUGGAAGAUCCUGUUCAGUUGUUAAUGAAGGAUGCGGUGUUCAACGCAGUGGGAUUGGCUGCCUUCGAGCUGUUUGACAAUGUGGACUUUGACCAGUGGUUCAAGAAUCAGCUUCUCGGGGAGCUGCAAGUCAGCCAUCACAGGUACAAGCUGAUUCGACGGCGAGUCAUCUGGCUAAUAGGCCAGUGGAUCUCAGUCAAAUUCAAAUCGGACCUUCGCCCUUUACUCUACGAGGUCAUUCUUACUCUCAUGCAGGAUCCGGACUUAGUGGUGCGGAUUGAGACGGCUACAACUCUGAAGCUCACUGUCGAUGACUUUGAAUUCCGGACAGAGCAGUUCCUCCCCUACUUGGAGUCCAUAUUCGGUCUGCUCUUCCAACUGUUGCAGCAGGUGACAGAGUGUGACACCAAAAUGCAGGUGCUCCAUGUCAUCUCCUGCGUUAUUGAAAGAGUCAACACGCAGAUCCGACCAUAUGUAGGUUGUCUGGUGCAGUACUUGCCCCUGCUUUGGAAGCAAUCCGAAGACCACAACAUGCUACGAUGUGCCAUACUCACCACUCUUAUUCACCUUGUGCAGGGCCUCGGUGCAGAGAGCAAGAACCUGUACCCCUUCCUUCUUCCUGUCAUCCAACUAAGCACAGAUGUCUCCCAGCCACCUCAUGUGUAUUUGCUGGAAGAUGGAUUGGCGCUUUGGUAUGUGACCUUGGAGAACAGUCCUGCCAUCACCCCCGAGCUGCUCAGAAUUUUCCAGAACAUGUCAGCUCUACUGGAGUUGAGCUCGGAGAACCUGCGUACGUGCUUCCAAAUUGUCAAUGCCUACCUGUACUUGUCUCCAACGGAGUUCCUCCAGAACUAUGCCGAAUCCUUAUGUCAGUCCUUCUGCGAGCUGCUAAAAGACAUCACGAACGAGGGACAGGUCCAAGUUCUGAAGGUGGUAGAAAUAGCUCUAAAGGUGAGCCCCAUACUCGGCGCCCACAUGUUCCAGCCCUUGCUGCCAGCUGUCCUCAGAGGUUUAGUGAACGGCGAGCGAUACCCCGUGGUGAUGUCCACCUACUUGGGCAUCAUGGGCCGCAUCCUUUUGCAGAACUCCAGCUUCUUCUCAUCGCUGCUCACUCAGAUGGCCUCCGAGUGUGGCCAGGAGAUUGACCAGUUGUUAGGCAGUGUGAUUGAAAUGUGGGUGGACCGCAUGGACAACAUCACGCAGCCUGAAAGGAGGAAGCUGUCCUCUCUGGCCCUGCUUUCGCUCUUGCCGUCUGACAACAGUGUGAUCCAGGACAAGUUUUGUGGCAUUAUCAACAUCUGCGUCGAGUGUUUGCAUGACGUGAUGACGGAAGAUCCCGAGACGAGCACCUACAAAGACUGCAUGCUGAUGAGCCACUUUGAGGAGCCCAAGCUGAGUGACGAUGAGGAGCCGCCGACCGAGCAGGACAAGAGGAAGAAACUAUUGGCUCUGGAGGACCCUGUCCACAGUGUCUCGCUCCAGCAGUUUGUCUACGAGAAGCUGAAGGCUCAGCAGACCCUUCUGGGGGACCCGAGCUUCAGCGGCCUCAUGGAGACUGUGGACACAGAGCUCGUAAGGCAGCUCCAGGAGUUCCUGCAGGGCUUCUGAACCACAAACACAGUCCUUCACAACAAACGGUUGCCAUUUAAUCCUCAUCGCCUUCUUUCCUUUGAAGAAAAAAAAAAAAAGACUCAAUCCAACAUGUGGCUCGCAAAUCCAGAUCUUCCCAAACGCUGCCCAUGUUAUUGCCUUAUCUAUACUCCGAACUAGCUUUGUCCGUUCCCCCGCUAAUGCAUCACCUCCCCCCCGUUAACAAACUAGAUAGCUUCAUAUUCCUUUUAAAGAAAUAGAUCGAGGGCUUGUCUGUCUUUCCCAUAAUUUUGUAAAACAUCACCUCACUUGAGCUUCCGUUCAUCUUCUCACCUUGCCGUUAUCUUCCAUUAGUGUGGUUUUGAAGUGGAAUGGGUGGAAGUGUACUAACCAAAAAUUGUUUGCGUAUGUGGAACUCUUCAAAGGAAAAUUCGAGAAGAGUGCAGCCGAAAUGGGGAUGAAAGGAAAUCAGAAGGACCCGUAACAGUGUUUACAAAAUGUGUUCUGAAAAAAAGAAGAAAAAAAAACUGAAAAAGAAAUUUAAUUUUUGUAUGUAUGUAUGUAAAAUAUGGACAAUAAUCCGUAAGAUAUUCUUUUAGUUUGUUUUUACUUUUGCAUUGUCCCCCCCACCCCCGCUCCAUGUUUUAAAAUGGUCAUAACCAGAGGUCAAGUCGAAGUAACUACUGAGUUGUUUUUUUUUUUAGGUUUUAUUGAGUCUAUAAAAUGGAUGUUUUGUUUUGUUUUGCUUUUUUCACGCCAUUGAUUUGAAUGCCGAACUGCAUUAUGUAAAUAUGUACUGCUGCUAUUUGUGGGUGUGUCGGAGCACUUUAAGAACCAAAAACUAACUUCUCAUCACUUCCACGUGUUCCUCAACACAGUGACUAUCAGCAGGAUGCCUUCACUUCAUUUUUUUGUCAGAAUAAUGUGCACGUACCUUAUUUGAAUUUUUAUUUGACCACUUAUAGUGACAAUUUAGUGGUGGAACCACCAGGCUAUUUCAGUGUUACAGUAAGUCUUAAAAUGGUUUUUGAGCUCCGAAACUGAAAGUGAGUGUCUGAAAAUUUCAGCUUUGUAAUGUAAUGUUCAGCUUUGUAAUUAAAUUAGAUAACGAGAGUCUAUAUUAUUGCAAAAUAGUUUUAGCUUUACAUAGGAAAGAAGCCUACAGUCCGAGUAGAAGUCAGCCUUAUGUUUAAAACACUUGCCUCUUCUUUUCUUUUUUUUUUUCAAAGUGUGUUUCUUGAUUCCGUUAACACUAGAUGAUCUCUCUGCUUGUAUUCUGUUAAUAUGACGACUCUGCAACACACAGUGGAUGUUUGCUUUUGGAUUUUGUUUGUGUUUUGAUGGGGUGGGG